CUCCUCUCUCAAACCCGUUACCGUCACAGUGGUGGAAAUGUUGAGGUUGGGGAGGGUCGACUUUGAGCUGACAUUGACGCUAUGUAGAUGAGAGUGAGGACCCUGCGCUGAAUGUUACGUCCCUGCUCGCUCCAACAGACGGCGGCAGCUCGUUCCCCCGUCUUCUCUCCCCUCCUCUCUUUCAGCACCACUCCUUCGGGGACAGCACCUCGCGCUCCAAGACGUUAUUUGUCCGCCACCCUUUCCCGUCAGGAUCAUACGUUCGCGCGCUGCUCUCGGAAAGGAAGUUUCCAGUUUGGGUGUAUUCUGAAAAGUACAAACAGACAACUUUUCAAAAGCUCGCUUUUUUUUUCCACUGGGGAAACUAUCUGACAAGGAAGGACAUUCUCCUAGGCGCUGGACAGCUGCUGAGGUGUCGCUGCUUUUGCUCCAGACCCUCCUCCGCUCCGCUCGGCUGAUCUGCGGGAGUUCGUACAAGACGGGAUCGCCGCGGUUCGUCUGGACCGGUACUGACGCUCACCGCUGCUCACUGGUCAGGACUACCCGACCCGCACAGUCACCAUGGCCACCAACGGGACCAAAGCAUCGGACGGACACGUCCUAACGGAGACUGUGAAUGACGCGCCCACCACUACACCAAACGACAAACCUAAAACCUUGGUGGUGAAAGUGCAGAAGACGAAGAAGGAGGUGCCGGAGAGAGAAACGUGGGCUGGGAAAUUUGACUUUCUUCUCUCUUGUGUCGGAUACGCAAUCGGACUCGGAAAUGUCUGGAGAUUUCCUUAUUUAUGUGGCAAAAACGGAGGAGGGGCCUUCUUGAUUCCCUACUUUUUGACCCUCACAUUUGCUGGCAUGCCCCUGUUCUUUCUGGAGACGGCUCUUGGGCAGUACACGUCUAUCGGAGGGCUUGGAGUGUGGAAACUGGCCCCUAUGUUUAAAGGUGUGGGCUUGGCUGCUGCUGUUCUGUCCUUCUGGCUCAAUAUCUAUUACAUUGUGAUCAUUUCCUGGGCUCUUUACUAUCUGUACAAUUCUUUCACUACUGAGCUGCCGUGGCAGUCUUGUGGCAAUCCCUGGAACACAGAUCGUUGCUACACCAACUACAGCAUCACAGACACCCGAAACCUCACCAGCGCUGUGGUGGAGUUCUGGGAACGCAACAUGCACCAGCUGACGGACGGUCUGGAGAAGCCCGGAGAGGUCAGACUCCCGCUGGCCAUCACCCUCGCUGUUGCAUGGGUGCUUGUCUACUUCUGUAUCUGGAAGGGGGUCAGCUGGACUGGAAAAGUGGUGUACUUCUCAGCUACGUACCCUUACUUCAUGCUGUUCAUCCUGUUCUGUCGUGGGGUUACUCUGCCUGGUGCCAUUGAUGGGAUCCUCUUCUACGUCACGCCAGACUUCAACAAACUGAAGGAGUCGGAGGUGUGGCUGGAUGCUGCCACUCAGAUCUUCUUUUCCUAUGGUCUGGGACUGGGCUCUCUCAUUGCUCUCGGCAGCUACAACCCUUUCAAUAACAAUGUGUACAGAGAUUCUGUCAUUGUCUGCUGCAUCAACUCCUUCACCAGCAUGUUCGCCGGCUUUGUCAUUUUCUCCAUCGUGGGAUUCAUGGCCUAUGUAACAAAGAGACCCAUCGCUGAUGUGGCGGCCUCAGGCCCUGGUCUGGCAUUUUUGGCUUAUCCUGAGGCGGUCACCCAGCUGCCCAUCUCUCCUUUGUGGGCCAUCCUCUUCUUCUCUAUGCUGCUGAUGCUGGGAAUCGACAGCCAGUUCUGCACGGUGGAGGGCUUCAUCACCGCCCUGGUUGAUGAAUUCCCUCGGGUUCUCCGGAACCGCAGAGAGAUCUUCAUUGCGGUCGUCUGCCUCGUCUCUUACAUCAUCGGACUGUCCAACAUCACACAGGGUGGACUGUAUGUGUUCAAGCUCUUUGAUUACUACUCGGCCAGUGGAAUGUCCCUGCUCUUCCUGGUUUUCUUCGAGUGCAUCUCCAUUUCGUGGUUUUACGGUGUGAACAAGUUCUAUGACAACAUUGAGGAAAUGAUCGGCUACAGGCCCUGUCUGUGGUGGAAGGCCUGCUGGGUGGUUUUCACUCCGCUCGUUGUGGCUGGCGUCUUCUUGUUUAGUGCAGUGCAGAUGGUUCCGCUCACCAUGGGCGACUACGUGUUCCCAGCCUGGGGUCAGGGGGUGGGCUGGUUCAUGGCCCUCUCCUCCAUGACCCUCAUCCCUGGAUACAUGGGCUACAUGUUCCUCACACUCGACGGCACAUACAAAGAGCGCCUGCGGAAGAUGAUCAAGCCUUUGGCGAUCGUGAAGGCUCAGGAAAAUGGCCCGGACCAGCAGACAGAAGGCCAGAAUCAGAACCCUGCCAACGAGGAGGCGUACAUCUAGACAGAUGUUGCAACCUCUGUGUCUUGACGGCCACACAGGCACCCUAGCAUGGAAGAAACGUAAUAACGGUUGGGAACGACCGCCAGACUUCAAUGUCUGCUUUUAUUCACCUACCUCCUGGGGACACGUGAGACCAACCUUAUUACACAGUUAUUUUUAGGGGUUUUUCUGUUUGUUCAUUUGUAUAAUACAGAUUAUAAAAGCUACGAGGAAAAACAAACCACCCAGCAAAGUCGUUGUGAUGUUAUGAAUUUCAUUAUGCAAAAAAUUAGUCUUUUUAGAAAAGGAAACGUGACUUAGGAAAUCACUGUAUAUUGAAUAUAUAAUUUAAAUUUGGAGGCCCACAUUGAGUCAAUAGUAUUGUGCUACGUUGAAGUUAUUAAUCUACUAAUCUAGAAUUAUUGUACAAAGAAAAAUAAUGGUAAAUGCAUUUUGCUUGUACAUUCAAUAAAUAGAUGCUUGUACAUGAAAUAAAAUAAAUGCAGUGUAGUACAGUAAGUAAAAAAAAAAAAACAGUUUCAAAGGGAAAACUGAAUAUUGACCAAUAAAAGGCAAAGACAUUAUGGGAAUGUGCAACAGGUAAGGCCAAAUUUGCAUACAUGUGUAAAAUAUCAUUUAACUGUCACUCCCUCGAAGGAUUUCGCAGUUUGCCUGAAAUGUUUACCACCCGUCUGGGGCUACCUUUAAAAAGCACAACACAGCAAGGAAUUUGAAGCGUCCAAGUUCUUUUGGCUCGAUUGAAACCUGUGACCACAGCAAAAAUAACCUACAUAGCAACAGACUGUUAAAAAUAGUUUUUGUUUUCUAAACAAUAACUUUGUACGUUAUCGGAAUCUUUUUUUUUUUCGUAGGAUCGUUUUUAGAUCGUUUUCUAUAUGUGAGCGUGAGGAAGACCAAAAUCACACUCGAGUUUGAAAGAUUUGUAGAGAUUUGACCUGCUCGCUAUUUAUGGACGAUUUCAAGCAUCCCCUUUUGUCUGACUAGAGCAGUGGGGUGGUAAAUACAGCAUCCGCCUACAAGCACAACUUGGAUCUGUAAACUACCACAUCCAACAUAAAAGCUGUAGCCAUUACAGAAAUUGCACAUUUGUCAUGUGAAUACAAUAUUUCUGCCUUAGGGGGGAAUAUUUGAAAAAUGAACAUUUUCCUUCUCCCGAAGAAGGAGUCGUGUUGCAAUAAGCCAAUGCUAAUUCAGAUCUAUAUUUUAAACUGUGAGUACAAAUAAGCUGCAGUGGCUGCUGCAUCGGAGAGUGUGUGAUGGAUUUCUAUGAUAGAUACCACUGUUAAGACUUAAACUGUUUACUUGUAUUAUUUAGUAACACACUCCUCAGGAACAAAGGUGGACGUGACCAAAUUCAAUCAGAAGAAAAUUCAUGCUGUAUUAAAAAAAAUGGAACUAUUUGCAAUUUUCUUUUGCAAUCCAACGUCACAAAAACAUGAAGCAGUGUCAAUAUGUACAGUAUCACGUGUGUUACACGUACUCGGGCACACGAGCUGAUCCAAAUUGUUGCCUCCUCUCUGCAUGCGCUCCAGCCAGCACAAUGUCCUUCAGUGUAAAUACUGUGCUGACCUUCGCUCUCACAGAUUUACAGUAGCGAACUCCAAACGGAAAAACUUUAGGUGCGUUGGAGCACGAAGCCGACGAAAGCACAGCUGACACCACAUGACACAGGCCAUCACCUCUGACACUGCACCUUUUCACAGAGUAAAGGAAAACCUAUCAAUACAUAUCAAGUUUAUUUGGCAAUAUGAAAUAUAACUGUAGGAGCCGACUUGACAGACCACAGAUAUUGUAUUACUAUAAAGGUAGUUUAAGAACAUUUGCUUCUGUGGCAGCUACAUGCGACAGAAAUCAGGUUGAAUCAGUCCCAUUGAUCUACGUUCAUGUUUGUGAAUUAAGAAUUAAAAAUGUGCAAUGACAAAGGGUUUCAUGAAUUUUGUAUAGUUACCAUACUGCAGUUUUCUCUCUUGAAUGAUGUUGUAAACUGGACUGUGUAAUACAUGUAUCUGUGAAUGUCUGUACAACCUGAUUUUUCUCUCUUUCUUUUGUCUAAAUGUUGAACAAAAAUGUUAUAUUAUUUGCUGUUAUCUGCAAUAAUAUUAUCAUCUCAGAAACUAAAGCACAUCUCUCUCUCUCUCUCUCUCUCUCUCUCUCUCUCUCUCUCUCUCUCUCAACUGUAAAAAUGACUAUUAACAGAAUAGAGUAAUAAAGAUAAUAAUAAUUAUAAUGUAAUAGAAAUGUCUAGUCAGAGAAUAUUGUUUUGUAUAUUUUUAGCUGUUUCAUGGGCCUAAUGUAAAAUAUUCUAUGUAAAAAAUAUAAUAAAUGUCUUUAGAUGGUGUUAUAUGAAAAAGCAUGAUUGCAAUAUAUGUUACCUGCAAAAAUAUUAAAUAAAUCCCUAUAGAUUAUAA